AAAGCACAAUACAAAGUACCAAUCGAAGCGUUUCUUUAUAAAUAGCCUCUUUCUGAUUUUCUGAUUGGUCUAUAACAAUAUAAUGUUUACAUUGCCGCCGGUAAUUGAUGUAAUUAACUUUUUAAUAUACGGUACAUAGUAUUGAACAAUUCUUCAUCAUGGCUCCCAGUUUGAUAUGGGCCUAUUGCACAAAAGUUAACAAUGGCAGUAAAGUUAAGUGUGAUUUAUGUCAUAAACAGUUUUUGUUUAAUAAAAGCACAUCAACAAUGAUGAAGCACUUACAAUGUGCUCACAAGAUUGCUCCUCCGUCAAGUAAUGAAAAACAAACUCAGAAAAGAUUGAAUGACAGUCACAAUGAUUUCGAAGUUCAGCCUAAAAAAGUUUUAGUCGCUGUCGAAUCAUCUGUUCCAUCGGUUGCUUUGGUACCUCAAACAAAAUCAUCUCUUCAAGAGAAUACCACAGUACAAUCUCAGGUCCAAGGUCCUAUGGAUCGUUGUAUAAACAAUGCUAAUUCUUUUUCAGCUGGUGGACGUAGAUAUGAUCAAGCUACCACAGCUCUUUUACGAAUGAUCGCUGUUGAUAAUAUGCCUCUGUGUACCACAGAAAGACCAGGAUUCAGAAAAUUUAUUAAAACACUGCAACCGUUGUAUCACAUACCCUGUGAGCCAACUAUAACUAAUGCUAUGAGUCGUAAAUAUCAAGAUUUGUCGAAUAAAAUAAAACUUGAACUGCGACAGACUGAAUCUGUGUGUCUUACUACUGAUAUCUGGACUCACCAACACACAAUGAAAAGCUAUCUUGGCUUAACAGUUCACUAUCUGAAAGAAACUGAGAUGAAGACUGUUGAGCUGGGCGCUUAUCUCAUGGAAGAGAGGAAAACAAUAGAAAAUUUGAGCUUGAAAUUAAGAAAUAUAUGCAAUGACUGGGGUCUUGAUGAUAGUAAAAUAGCAGCAUUCGUUUCAGACGGGGGCGCAAACAUCAAAGGAGCUAUUAAAAGUGAGUUCGGCGAUGGGAAACACAUUUCAUGUUUUGGACAUGUAAUAAAUAAUAUUGGUCAGCGCCUUAUCGAAGUUAAUAUUACUCCACCUGCAUCUGAAUCUCGAAAUCAAGUUUCCGACUUACCCGCUGAUGAAAAUGAUGCUAUUGACAAUCUUGAAGACUUAAUUACAGAUCAUACUGAGCAAUCGUCAUUGCGUGAGCUAUUGUCAAAAGUUAAACAAAUUGUCACAUUCUUUCGACAAAGUGAAAGAGCGACUACAGAGCUGCUGAAAUUACAGAAGGACAAGCCUGAAAAUUCUCGUCUGAAAUUAAUUCAGGAAGUGCGAACGAGAUGGAACUCCUGUUUUGAAAUGGUUGACCGUUUCAUUGUGCUUGCUGAUCAUGUCAGUAAAGUGCUUUUACAAGUGAAGAUGGACAAAUCUUCGAAAGCUAAGCCACCUAACAUGAUCACAGGUGAGGAAAUCGAUGCGUUAGUAGAAGUUCGUGACAUCUUAAAACCUCUCUUGCAAAUAACUCAAGAAGUUUGUUUUGAGAAAUGUGUAACAUUGAGCAAGUGCAUUCCUUUGAUUUCAAGUCUUAGAAAAAAGAUUGAAGAGUUAACGCCAGAAACUUUAAUUGGGCGACAUUUGAAAAAGAGAAUGGUUCAAGACAUCGAAACAAAAUACGGCAAUAUUGAAUCCGUAAAACUGUACGCUUGUGCAACAUUGGUUGAUCCUCGUUAUAAAAAGUUUGGUUUUCAAAGUAUUCGGGAUUCUGCACGAGCGGUAACUAAUGUCGCUGAUCUUGUCAAGACAGAACGAAAAUUAGCAUUGGCAGCAAUGGUGGCAAAUAUUAACCCUCAAGGUGAGAUAUUAGCUAUUCAAGGUCCGGAAUCUCAGAAAACGAACGAUGACAAUGAUGAUUUAUGGUCUUAUUUUGAUAACACUGUGAGUUGUAGUUCCAAUCUUGCAGAUUCUGAUGAGGCUGGAGGAUUACCAAUACAAUUACGACAAUAUUUGACACGCCCGGCUGUCAAUCGGAAACAAAAUCCUAAUCCGUUCACUGUGUGGGAAAGUAUGAAAUAUGAAUAUCCGUAUCUAUGGAAAGUAGCUAAAAAGUACUUGCCAAUAGUUGCAACGUCUGUACCCUGUGAGCGAUUAUUUUCACAUGCAGGACUUAUCGCAAAUCAAUUGAGGAGUCGCUUAUCACCUCAGCACAUUAAUGAGCUAAUAUUUUUAAGAUCAAUCGGCGAAGAAAUGUGGUUUUCGUAGUUAUUUAUUUUUAAAUUUUUUGUUUUUUAAUUAAAAAAAAAGCAAUUUUAUUAUCCAAUACCAAAAUGUAUGCAAUGAAAUCCUAAAAUACUUUUUAUAAUAUGUUAAAAACUAAAAAAAUAUUGAUAUAUCUAAUGAAUUUCGUGUACGAGUUGCUUAAUUUAUAAAAAGUCAACUUAAGUCACAAAAGUCGACUAUCGGGGUUGAUUAAUUGACUUCCAGAAUCGAAAAACUAGAAGUCAAUUCCAAAGUCAAAAAUCGAUUCCGCUCGCGCUCU